UUGUAAUAUCUUGCGGAAUUCGUGCUCUUUUGGGGGAUUAAGGGUGGAUUUUAUUUCCCUUUUGAGGGGUAAGAAUGGAUAGGGUGGUGGUGGUAACGAUGGCUUUUCUGGGCAGGGCGGACGAUGGUAUUUCAGUAGUGGUACUUUGUGUGUUAUUGAUUGCACAUGGAUUUCCUUGGUUGCCUCGAGCUAAAUUUCCAGAAUUAGCUAUUGGUAACUCCUAAAUAUCUGUUAGGUGCGUUCAAUUUGUAUCCAGAAGAAUUUAUGAAAGAUUUGGCAGUCUGGGCGUUCGCUUGCUUUGUUGUUCUGGUGCCAGUGGGGGCUAAUUCUGCCAUAACUACAGAUAUAUGCUCGUUUUGGGUGGUUUUUGGUUAUAUGUGAGCUGGGCUACUGCACGGUGCUAAUUUCCUCUUAGGUGGAAUCCUUGCUUGAGGAUUAGAGUUGACGGGUAUUGCUGAUGUAUCUUUGGAGCUUUGGUGAUCAAAGGAUGCGACCUGCUCAAUAAACAAUUACAGCCUGUACAACUUGGCUGCAUUUAAUUUGCAAAUAUUCUAUGCUUGCGCUAGCAUCAGCACUUAUGCUAGAAUUAGUAUAUUUUAGUUGCUUGUGGGUCUGUUAGAAUUGAGUCUGCGGUUAGUACGGUGGUCCUGAUUGUACUAUGGAAUUAUAUUCUAUGAAGAAUCUGUGCUUAAAUUUUAAUGAAGGUGCUAGGCCUUGGAGUUGCUAUGCUGUCAGCUGUUGUUUUUCUAGAGAAAUAUAUCUACAAUUUUGUAGUAUAACACUGUUUUUUCUCAACGAACAGUAAAAUCUGAUCCCUUUUUUACCCUUUUUUUCCCCAGAAUUUCAGAGGCAUUGACCUAUCAUAAAAAACAGGCAGUUCUGAUCCAAAAAGGAUACAAAAUUGAGAGUUAGAGGUAUCCAUGAUGCCUGGCUUUGGUACAAGUUCUGCCAUGGGUUCUGCAUCUCACCCGGCUAGAAUUGAGUAUGACUCAAGUAACAGCAUGUCAUCUCAGUACGUAUAUGAGCAGGGCCUUUAUUAUCCAGCAACAAAUGGUUAUGCUUACUAUACAGGAUUUGAGCCACCUGUUGAAUGGACUGAUCACACUACUUUUGUGGGGGUAGACAGCCAAAACCUACAACUGCCAAAUGACAACCUUCCAUAUGUAUAUUGCACACCUGGCUAUGGUUUUUCUUAUUACUCUCCAGAUCAGUACACUUAUAUGCCUGGCAUGGUAAUGGGAGUUGAUGGCUCUUUUGUUGGAAGCCAACAGUAUUUUGCUAGUCCAUAUCAACUUCCUGGCCCGGCAUCUGGUUUCUUCCCAAUGUCUAUUCAGCCCAGUGCAGAUUUCAGCUCAAAUGUUUCUGCAGAACCUCCUUUAUGUAGUACUGGCACUGGCACAUCUGUUGUUGCUAGUAGGCUUGCUAACGCUAGUAUGAAAAACAAAUAUCAAAUGUCUGGAAAUACAGCUCCAGCUUCUCAGACUGCCCCCUCUGGAAGUCCAGCUGUUGGCCGUCCUCAGCAUGCCUAUGAAAAUGAAAUCACAAACAAGCCAUCUAAUCUGCCUGAUACUAACAUGAGUAAACGUGACAAAUCCUCUGCCUCACACAUCACAAUUCCAGUGGAUGCUUCAUCGACUGAUAAGGAUGGAAAAUCUGAUGCAGGUAAUCAGUUAAAAGAACAUGUGCCAUCCCUUCAGGUUAUUUCAGGUCCCAUGGCUGGCGAAAGUGGACAAAGCAAAGCAACAUCAAGCUGUACAUUGGAAAAAAUCACGAUAAAUCCUGACCAAUACAAUAAGGUUCACUUUCCUGUUGAUUAUCCAGAUGCCAAGUUUUUUGUCAUCAAAUCUUACAGCGAGGAUGAUGUACAUAAGAGCAUUAAAUAUAAUGUAUGGUCAAGCACGCCUAAUGGCAACAAGAGAUUGGAUGCAGCCUACUCAGAUGUACAAGGAAGAGUUCUGGGAAAGUGUCCAAUAUUUCUCUUUUUUUCUGUUAAUGCUAGUGGGCAGUUCUGUGGUGUUGCUGAAAUGGUUGGCCCUGUUGAUUUUCACAAAGACAUGGGUUUCUGGCAGCAGGAUAAGUGGUCUGGGAGCUUCCCGGUGAAGUGGCACCUAGUAAAGGAUGUACCCAACUCCACCUUUCGGCACAUUAUAUUAGAGAACAAUGAGAACAAGCCUGUUACCAACAGCCGGGAUACACAAGAGAUUCCUCUUAAGUCUGGGAUAAACAUGCUGAAGCUAUUUAAGGAUGGUCCGUUGACAACAUCUAUUCUUGAUGACUUUCCAUUUUAUGAAGGGAGACAGAAGGCGAUGCUACAAGAGAAAUGUAGACGUUCGGGUAGAAAUUUUGAUGAAUGCAUGUAUGUUCCAGCAUUUGUUGCUAAAAGCACUGUUGAUGCAGUUGGUGAACCUGCAGAAGUAGGUAAAGGCCAGUUUAGCAGCAAAGAUCCACAUUCAGGGGAUGUCAAACAGGAUUGUGGUACAUGUGAGCAACCUGACAAGCUGAACCAAACGAAAGAUGUUGUGGUCACUGAAGCGCUCAAAACGGAUGGAGGAACAUUUGUUGGGCAACUUGAGCAUGCAAAAACUAACCAAGAUAGUUUAGAUGGCAGAGUUGAUCAUCAAAGUGAAAACUGUUCCUGUUCUGCCCCACCAGAAAAUGAUGAAACAAAACCUGCUAGCUUGAGCGAACUAGUAAAGCUAAAUGGGAAGAGUCAUAGUGAUUGUGAAGCACAACCUUUAAUAAACUUAUCAGAAUCCAAUUAUUCUUCUGUCAAGAAAGGUCAUCCUGAAAAUUUUGGUGGUCAGAACCUCUCAAAUUUUAUGAAAGAGGGAGGAGCUGGGACAGUCGAGGAAAGGAAGUCGACCAAAUUUGUUACCAAACGACAGGACUUCCCAUCUAGACGAGUGGACAAGGAAGCGAAAGGCAAUGCUAAUGAGAUGGCAGUGAUUACUACAACUGGGGUUGUGAAGGUUGGCUCAGUGCACAUCAAGGUAAAUGUGGCAGGUGAGUCGUCGUCAGAGAUUAUAGGUGAUGAAAAUGGGCUUCCCUGAUAGUUCAGAAGAAUAUAUCUAUGAAUGAAGGGAAUGGUGUCAAGUGGGGCAGGACUCAGUUGCAAGGGCAUGCAAUCAUUUUUUGGGGGUGAGUGCUUUGGAAGGUUUUGGGGGGAGAGGGGAUGGGGUUGGUUGCUUGUGAGAUCUUAGCUUAAUCUCUAAUUGUGUUGUUCAGUGUUUUUUUUUUCGAGGUUGCUCUUGGGUAUAGGCAUUUAUCUUCUUUUUUGGGUACAUAACCUCCGACAGGUCAUAGAUGUUUUGUGGUGGGAAAAAUGUUUUCCGUUUUGUUGUUAUGGUAGUCCUUUAGUUCAUCUGCUCAUAUUUGAUGAGUGAAUGAUAUAAAGGAGAGAAGAAGCCAUUCAUUGUUGACGACGACUGGGUUUUGCAUUUGGUGGUAUUGGGUGAAAUGUAACCGUGUUCACCACUGUACCGAAUUGCCAAUACAGAAAGUAUCGAUUACUGAUUUGCUGAUGACUA